AUGGAAGGACUGCACAUGCCCUCGAUGGAGGGGGUCAAGAUGACCCUCAAGAAGCACCAGUGCCAAGUCAUCAAGGCCCUCCAGCACGCGGAAUCGAAUGUGGAGAGCAUGGUGUCCAACGCCGAGCUGCCGUUCACCUCGCUCAUCAAGUCCUCCGUGCUCCCCUCGCACUCGUCCAAAAUGAAAAAGAUCUCUCCUGCUGAUUCGAAGGUUAUCAUUAUAGACCAGGGGCGGCGACGCAACUUUGCCGCCAAGCUACAGGAGGCUCGUCAGCGCCAGUCAACUAAGUCGCUGGACAUGCACGCGGCCCGCCAGGAAACAAAAAAGGAACCGGUAGUCUCGCCAAAGCCAAAGGCUGCGGCGAAGAAGGUCGAAAGCGAGCCGGAAUCGGAGGAGGACGGCGACGACGAUGACGACGACGAUUUGCCGGAGGUCCAAGUGAUGUCCCUCGACUUCACCGAGGAUCUCUUUGGCGCCGACAAGCUCAGCAAAGACGAUAUUGACUGGGUCUACAAAGAAGCCGCGGCUUCCCUCCUGCUGCCGGUAUCCGAGCACCGCGUCGGGCAGCUCCACGACGAGAUGCGCGACGAGAUCCUGCUCAGCGAAUGUGAGAUCCUCCGCGACGCGUUCGACAAGGACAGCCGAAACCAUCGACGGCUCGCGCAGGGCUCCAUCGAGAGCAACAAUAACUUGCUCCACAGAUUGGGCGACACGUUGACCAGCCUGGAAAGCAAGCCACACUUCACCCGCGACGAUUUCCCGGACGCCGACGGGUUCGAGACGUGGAAGAAACAGCAACGGGAGAAGCUCAAGAGCAUGAUCUCCACGUUGACCCAGCUGCCGGACUAUGCGGGCCGACUCCACAUCCGUGUGCACGGCGCCCGCGAUUUGCCUGGAGCUGGUAUCGUCACCAAGAAGGACAAGUGCAAGACUUCCGAAGUGCGAAGCCUCAGCCCCACGUGGGACGAGGAAUUCAAAGUGGAGCUCACUCAGCCCUUUGAAGCCGUCGAGGCGUCUGUGUGGAACAAGGUCAAGCUGGCGCUGGACCAGUGCUUUGGUGUGGCCCUGGUGCCCUAUCAAGACCUGGAGCUCCAGCUGCCUUGGGAAGAUUGGUUCCCUCUUCUCCCUCCUGAUGAGAAAAAACUGCGGUCACGCAAACAGGCGGGCGGUGAAGUAAACCUCGCUCUGCACCUCAUCCACAACAAGCGGCCGCUCAUGGGCAGCAACCACUCCUACACGACCGGGCCCGAGUGGGAGAGGUGGGAGAGGCGACGGGCGCGCAACCGCGACGAUCUGCCGCUUCACUACGAGGGCUACAUGGUCCUCCUAAGGACGCUGGUCCAGUUGGAGAAUCCGUCGCUGGCGUCGACCCUCUCGCUCACCCACUUUCCCGUGAGCGAGCAGUCGGCCUGGCUUCUCGAAGAGUUCGCCGAGCGACACCUCAUUCCUCCCUUCUACACUAAGCUUGCGUACCUGAGUAUCAUCACCAAGGUGUUCGAGGUUCGCAAGGAGUACCUCACCCACGUCAUUACCACACUGCGCACUCUCAUGGAGCUGCAACGCUCUGACGUUUGGUUCACUACGACCACGCAAGAGCGUGAUCUGUUCUACGCCACGGUGAGGGACCUGCGCGAGGAGGUGCGGCAGGUGCUGCUGCAGUACCACCGCAAGCUCAACAACUUCGUGAUGUGGGCCGAAGAGGAGACCAAGAAGUCGGCCCAGCGUCACAUCUCCCCGGCGCAGCUCCAGAAGCUGCAGGUGGAAUCUGCGGUCGAGGCGCUGACCGACCUGCUUAGCAUUCUUCUGGAUCUGCUUCGGCUCAUUCCGCCCAUUCCUGACAAGUACGCCACCGCCUCGAAAGCCGGCCAAUCGUCCGACGAGGUCGCCUUGGUGUCUCCGCGGAAGAGCAGCACGACGGCGGCGAUGAAAAGCAGCGGCAACAGCAAGGGCACCAAGGCCGCCGGCCCCAAGCCGACCCUCAAACAGGAAAUCGCCGAGUGGAUCGAGGAGGGAAUCAACAUUCGGUUUGGCAAGUUCCAGGCACGCCUGCUACGUGUCGCUGAGAUCAAACUGAAGCGGAGGGCCAAAGCGGAGGAGGAAGACGACGAGGGGUCGGGCGAGACCAAGGAGGGCGUGAUCGCCGACAUUUGCGACCACAUCGUGUCGUCCCUCAACAAGGACGAGCGAUACUACCAACAGCCCUUCCUCAAGUUGGGCGGCGUCGAUGUGGUGGAGCGGGCGCUGUUCCUCUACUACCCACACAUUAAGGUGGCGGUGACCGAGUGGCUGCAGGGCGGCACGGAGGACCCGCCCCUGACGGACCGCACGUUCGACGUCUACUUCGCGCUGCGCAAACUGCACCAGCUCAUGUCCCAAUACGAUCGGCAGGAGAAGCAGCAAUUGUUGGACAUUGACAAGCUGUUCCUCCCGUUCGUCGACAAGUAUUUGACCCAGUGUAGGGAGAAACUCAAGGAGUGGUCGCAAACGGCCUUCAAAAACGAUGAUUGGAUGCCCAUCGACAGCGAGGAGGAGGAUGACGAGUUGCGCAUUCUGCACUCGGCCAGCGUGAUCUCGCUGUUCUCGGCGAUGCGUCAAGCCGUCCAAUUUUUGCUUCUCCUCAACCUCAACCUCUUCCCCUCUCUCCUGCACUUCACUAAGACCGUGGGCGAGGUGGUCGACUACUAUCUCUCCAAGCUCGAGAAGAGCGUCGCGAGCACUGUCAUCAUCCCCGCCGCUCUCCCCGAUGAUGACGUACAGAAGGACGAAAAGGCGGACAAGCGCAAGAGCGAGAGCGCGAAGCGGAGCAGCAAGCGGCAGACCAACAACAAGCUGGGCAAGGUCGCCGCUGCGCUUCGCACCAAGCCCGCGGGCUUUGACGCCGAGGACGUGAGCAAACUCCCCACCACCGUCAACCAAGAGUUGUGCAUCAAGAUCAACAACGUGGAGACGAUAGUGAAGCAGUUGGCCGGCCUCAUGAAGGACCUGCACGCCAAGCUCACGACGAAGGAGGACAAGGCCGAGCUGGCCCGGAUCUUCGGCGGCAUCUUCUCGGCCGUCGAACUGCGCUACAACCAGAUCAUCGCCAUCAUCACCUCCCACGAAAAGCGGAUCAAGGAAAUCGAAAAGCAGGAACGCAAGGACCGGAAGGACAGCAAGGACAAGUCCCAAGCCCUUCUCGUCUCGCAGCCCUCUGAGCAACUGCUUUCGCUUGCGGAGGAGCGCGUGGAGUACUUUUUCCAGUACCUCAACAGCGAGGUCGGGGUGCUCUCCGACCACCUCUACUUCGACGCCUUCUCCAUCCUCCUCGCCCACGUGUGGACCGUCAUCGUCAAGGACUUUGAGGAGCUGUUGCUGCCGGUGAGCGCGGAGACGGACCGGUACGGCCCGCGCAACCGGCCGCGGAUCGCGAAGAUGCUGGAGUACAUCGUCACGCAGCUGCUCUUCGAGUUCUUCGAGGCCGAUGGCGACGGGCUCGAGCGGGAGUACCUCGAGAGCACCACCGUUCUGCUCCGGCGCGCCAUCGCGCUGUAUGAGUUGGAGACGUCGGUGCUGAAGUCGAUCUACCGGGGCAUCGAGAAGAAGCACGAGACCGAGCAGACCAAGGACGAUCUGAAGGCCGACCCGUUGGAGGAGUGGCACGUUCUCUGCAUUCUCACGGCCCGCCCCGGCGACAAGGAGGCGCAAGAGUUCGUGACGGCCAAGCGGGCGUCGGCGCGCAACCAGACCAUCCGCCGAUUCUUCAAACUCAGCAAAAACGACCAACUCAUCGCCGAAUUUGAGUGCAACAAUGCGGACAAGAUCAGGGGGCGGCUGUACCUGUCCACGUCGAGCCUGUGCUUCGAGCCGCUGGUGGACGCCCGCAAGCUCAUCAUCUCCAUCCAACAGAUCACCUUCGUCGCCCGAAACAAACACGUGAGCUUCCCUGAUGCCAUACAGAUCACUGCCGACAAGGAGGACUACGCGUUCUGGAGCUUCGCGUCGAACCGGUCGGAGGAGUGCUACGAGAUGUUGAUCGCGCAGGCGCGCCUGCUGGGCAACACGGCCAUCGUGCCCUACGAGGAGAUCUCCGCCGCUGACGACGUGUCGCGCAUCCAAAUCGCGCACCACCCCAUCUCGCCGCGCAACAUCGUCUCUCCGCGCCGUCGCGAAAGGACAAAAACGAUCACCAAUUCAAAGCACCAAUCGGAGAAGGAGGAGGAGCUCCUCUCCCUCUUCAACUUGCCCGAUGACGAGACCCUCAUGCAACAGUACGGGUGCGUGCUGAAGAGCAAGGCGUCGUCGGGUCCCGGCCGGCUGCUGAUCUUCCGCUCCCACUUCUGCUUCCUGCCCUCCGUCGGCUCUUCGCUCGUGAACGUGCCGGCGGCGGAGGUGAAGUCGGUGACCAAGAAGCGUACCGCCAUCCUGCUGCCCAACGCUCUGUCGGUCUCCACGAACGCCGGGGCGAAGUACGCGUUCCAUUCGCUGCUCAAGCGAAACGAGGCCUACUCGAUCAUGCGCGAGCAGAUGGAGCAAGCCACCGAAGAGACGCGCCAACGGGGCGGCAAGACCAAGAAGAAGUGA